GGUAAAAGUCGCCCUCUUUGGGGUGGCUGUGGGCCCAGCAUGGAUCACUUAGGGGCGCACCACCUCCACCAGAGCCACGCCGAGCCCAUCAGCUUCGGCAUCGACCAGAUCCUCAACAACCCGGACCAAGGCAGCUGCAUGAUCUCCAACGCGCGCCUGCAGGACGUGGCGGACUACGGCCUGGGAGGAUGCGUGGUGAGCAGCGCGUACAACCCCAUGGCCGGUCACUACGGCUCGGCCACCGGCGGCGGAGGCGGCGGAGGAGGAGCAGGAGGAGGAGGGUCGUCCUCCGCCGGAGGUUACAGCAACGGCGGUGCUUGCAGCAUGGCUUCUCUGGCGGGGUCUUACAACAUGAACCUGGGGGUCGGGACCAUGAACGGAAAUAACCUCAACGCGGCCGGGGGCGUGAUCCGGGUGCCGGCGCACAGACCCCUGACCGGAGGCGUCCACCAGCCACUCUCCACGGCCGUGCCCACCGUCCCGUCCGUGAACAAUCUCACGGGGCUGACUUUCCCCUGGAUGGAGAGCAACAGGCGCUACACCAAGGACAGGUUUACAGGUCACCCCUACCAGAACCGGACGCCCCCCAAGAAGAAGAAGCCCCGCACCUCCUUCACCCGCCUGCAGAUCUGCGAGCUGGAGAAGCGCUUCCACCGGCAGAAGUACCUGGCCUCGGCCGAGAGGGCGGCUCUGGCCAAGGCACUGAAAAUGACCGACGCACAAGUCAAGACCUGGUUCCAGAACAGGAGGACAAAGUGGAGGCGACAAACUGCAGAGGAGCGGGAAGCGGAGAGGCAGCAAGCCAAUCGCAUCCUCAUGCAGCUCCAGCAAGAGGCCUUUCAGAAAACCAUCAACCAGCCCCUCCAAGCAGACCCCAUCUGUGUUCACAACUCCUCUCUCUUUGCCCUCCAGAACCUCCAGCCAUGGUCAGAUGACUCCUCGAAGAUUACCAGCGUAACUUCUGUAGCCUCGGCCUGUGAGUGAAGCCUUGACUUUGCCUGUGCAUGGACUGUGGCGUCCCAAAAUGGCUGCCCUUACCCAGUGCCAUUGGGAGAAGAUCUAUGACCCAGAAAAAGGGAGUGGUGAACCAGCAACCAGAUCGUGCCCUAUGCAAGCAAAUAUUCUCUUUGUGGGCAAAAUGCCCCCAUGUUGGCAGUAUUUCAAUAAAGGGCAUCACUUUUGCUACUUCUUCUUUGAGAUUGCAAGGCCCGAUUAUGAAAAUUCAUGAAGGGUCAUUUUAAGACUUUUCUGGGGAGAAAAGAACCUUACCGUUGUUCUUUUUAAAAAAAUAUUUCCAAGAAAAACCACUCAUAUAAUUCAGUUUUACUGGCAAUGUAGGAUUUGUUCUCCCAUUUAAACGUUUUAGACUGAUCACUUGUAA